GGGGCUUGGUGACGUCGCCGCGGUUGCAGUGAAUGCAGACGGAGCAGCCGGAGGAGGAUGGAGCAGAGAGCAGAGAGAGGGAUGUCUAACAACGCGGGCAGACACAUCUAAAAAUCUCUCUGCCACAUUUAGGACCCUUGUCUGUAAUUUACACCCAGACUGCGGCUUUUUCUUCUUUCUUUUUUUUCCUCUCCUGUUUUUUUUUUACGAGCAUUUAACCAGCUGACACAUGCGCAGGAGCCCACUUCACAUAUCUGUCUGUCAACACACCGGGGUUUGGACUGUUUGUCACAGAAAAUACUGUUGAAAAUCAGUCAGUACAAAUACAUAUUCCGCGAGGUUUGAGUCGGUCACACCUUGUCUCGGACUGAACCUGUCACCGCCUCAGUCAACAUGGAUGAAGACAAUCACGUUCCUGAGGAUCUGUCCCUGGAGGAGAGGGAUGAGCUGUCAAACAUCCGACGCAGGAAGAGAGAGCUGCUCGACGAUAUCGAGAGGUUGAAGUUUGAGAUAGCAGAGGUCAUGACGGAGAUCGAGCAGCUGACGUGUGUUGGAGAAAGUAAAACCUCCCAGAGAAACAAACAGAUCGCCAUGGGCAGAAAGAAAUUCAACAUGGAUCCAAAGAAGGGAAUCCAGUUCCUGCUGGAGAACGACCUCCUCCAGCACACUCCUGAAGACAUCGCACAGUUCCUCUACAAAGGCGAGGGUCUCAACAAGACUGUCAUCGGAGACUACUUGGGCGAGCGGGAUGACUUCAACAUCAAGGUGCUGCAGGCUUUUGUGGAGCUGCACGAGUUUGCAGACCUCAACCUGGUCCAAGCACUACGGCAGUUCUUGUGGAGUUUCCGUUUGCCGGGUGAAGCCCAGAAGAUCGAUCGUAUGAUGGAGGCGUUUGCCUCGCGGUACUGCCAAUGCAACCCCGGAGUCUUCCAAUCCACAGAUACCUGCUAUGUGCUGUCAUUUGCUAUCAUCAUGUUGAACACCAGCCUACACAACCCUAACGUCAGAGACAAGCCCCCUGUGGAACGCUUCAUUUCAAUGAACAGAGGCAUCAAUGAAGGAGGAGAUCUGCCAGAGGAGCUUCUCAGGAAUCUUUACGACAGCAUCAAAAACGAGCCAUUCAAGAUCCCAGAGGAUGAUGGGAAUGAUCUGACGCACACAUUCUUCAACCCCGACAGAGAAGGCUGGCUCUUAAAGCUUGGCGGCAGGGUGAAGACGUGGAAGAGACGGUGGUUCAUUCUGACUGACAACUGCCUCUAUUACUUUGAAUACACAACAGACAAAGAGCCUCGUGGGAUUAUUCCUCUGGAGAACCUCAGUAUCAGAGAGGUGGACGAGCCCAGGAAACCUAACUGUUUCGAACUCUACAACCCCAACCACAAAGGUCAGGUGAUAAAGGCCUGUAAGACAGAGGCGGACGGCCGGGUCGUUGAGGGCAACCACGUUGUGUACAGGAUAUCGGCCCCCACGCCCGAGGAGAAGGAGGAGUGGAUCAAAUCCAUCAAAGCGAGCAUCAGCAGGGAUCCUUUCUACGACAUGCUGGCCACCAGGAAGAGAAGGAUAGCCAAUAAGAAAUGAGGACUGUCCACCUUCAACACCUUCAUCUCCUCCAUUUCUGUGACCUGCAGAGUCCUCCUGUGUGUGUUAGUGUGUGUUUUUGUGUGUGUGACGGGGGAGCCAUGAAGACCUCCCCUUGUUCUUUCAGGACUGCACAGCAGGCAGUGGACACAGGUGGGCGUUUAUUUCAGACUGAAAUGGACCGUCUGCGCCUCAAUUCAUGGUUGCUGUGAAUGUGAAGUCCUUGUUACAUCUGCACAGACUUUGAGGGACUCUUUGUGCAGAAUCUUUGAACAAAUGGAGAAAGGACCGGAGUCGAUGGGAACGCUUAGUAUAACGUGGCUGUGACAAGAUCGCCCUCUGCUGGAUGCAUAAGGAAUUUUACAGUCACCUUAAUCAUCCUCAGAAAGCUGCGAACACUAACAAUAUCUUUUGUAGUAUCCACACUACAAAAAGCCUCAAGCUUCUAAAUCAGCUGGUCUGAUUUAAAGCCAUCAAGUGACUGUAUCUGUAUAUGCAAACAGAUUAACUCUGAAAAAAAAGAGAGAAACAUAAGCUCAUACAUGUUUUCAAUUUAGUUUGUUUCAUUACCUCAUAAGGCACAGAAGUUAAAGUUCAGAUUCAGAUAUACUGUACAUCAUUUUGAGUGUAGUGACCCUUUAAGUGACCACAGUUUUACUCCAUCAUGUUACAUAUUGAAGAUCCUCCUCUUUGAUCAAGUUUAAUUCUUUUGUAUUUAUUUUCUGAAUUUUGUUUAACAAAAAGAGGCAGCCACCAUUUGACAUUAUGCAUGUAUAGUAGUAGAAGAUGUACAUACAGUUCUUUUUCUUUGUGUUUAUGUAGCAUGUAAAUCAUAACGGCUGUAGCCUUUACCCGUUCACCUUUUUUUGUUCAAAAGAUAAGAGUUUACGAGUGUGGAGGGGGGGCAGCAGUGAGCCUUCCUCACACUGUGUCAUUAUUACUGGACAUCAGAUAUACACCAUGUGAUGUGAAGAAAAGGAGGUGUUUUUAAAGAGAAUACAGGAAACAAGCGGGUUCAGAAUACCUUUCAAUACUGUGCAAAUGCCGACUGGAAUCUGAGGAUUUUUCCCCCACCACCAAACAGAUCAAACGGAGUCGCAGCCUAACCUGAGGUUAUGAGAUGCAGUCUGAAGUUUAAACAUAGUUUGAUCUUCAUUUGGGGGGG